ACUUCUCGACGGUCCUAUUUACUCGCCUCCGCUGGCUACAUCGGCCACUGUAGCCCGCCCUUCCUCGACCCUGCUCGACCUUACGUACCCGCAGGCCGGAUUUAGUGUCCAGCGACAAUGGCUUCUCCAAUGGUCGAGGGUCGUUCCCUUAAUCCACGCGAAAAAGCACAUUUCAGUCUUCAUCUCAGCGACAGCAUAACAGAAGGCGACGUUUCUCUUGGUUCGUUCAGCAGUGUCAAAUACAAUCACAAGCCCCGACAAACCACUGCUUCUCGAGUCAGCACGAUCAAGCCCACCGGCCCCGACCGCUAUACUUUAACACUGCAAGAUAAAGAAGAAGACCAGCGGGCGACUAAAACUACGUUCACCGGCCAGAAACAGGCACCGAAGCGAUCCUAUGUCCUCCUCUUCGACUCCACAUCACAAAGGGCAACAUUAGAACCCCUCUCCUCGACAUACACCUUCAAUCUUGCUACCGAGAAUGGAAAGGACAAGGCAUCUGCAUACCCUAAAAUAUACCCCAAGAAGGAGAAAGACGAGCCCUCACCACCGGCCGACGAUGAUCUCUUCUCCGACGAAGGGAAAGGCGACCAUGAAAACGACGAGCCGGAUCCAGACAACCCGUUCGACUUUAGACAUUUCUUGAGCAAGGACAGCAAGGACAAGCAAGGCAAUGAGUCACCAUUCGUGAUACCCAACUCGCCGGACUACAGGACGGGCACGGGAAGCGCAGCGAACACCCCCAUGAUGGGCGCACGGAAACCAGCAGCUGGCCUGCCCCCGAAACCCAAGGUCGCACCGCCGGCAAGGAGAAGGAAGUCACCCAAUGUCGAUCCAAUGGUCACCAGAAAGCCACCUGUGAAGAAGACACAACCGCCCCCGAAGGUCGUCUUGGAGCGCAAGGCUACCGCAACCUCCAAGCCGGAAUCCAAACCCGCGGCAAGUGCCGCACGGAAACCAGCAGGGAGGAAAGGAGGGCAACCGGCUUCCUCGAAGAUCAAAUCCGCAGAACUCGUCCAUUCUUCAGAUGAUUCAGACCUUGAUGCGGACGGAGAGGAUAUGGCCUCGCCGCCACCACCGCGACACAGCCCCGUUGCACCAUCCCCCGAACCCGUCCAUUCGCACCAUUCCGACCGCUAUGAAGACGACGAGGAAGAUGACGAAGAUGACGACAUGGGCGGCGGAGGCGGCCUCGAGAUCGAAGUCCCCGACGAACGCCCAUCGAAGCCACGGUACGCACUCGCAUCGCUUGGGCUCGGACAAACGCUCGGCCUAGGCGGUCUAGGACACCUGAAGUCGCCGUCCAACGGCCCCAUCUCCCUCGCCUCCGUCGCCAACAGCGUCGAAGGGUCCCCGAACCCCUCCUUCACGCCCCGCAAGAACAUCCGCAACAAAGCCAUCGACGACGACGUCAUCGACUUCGGCGACCUGGGCGGCGGAGGCGGCGGUGCAGGCAACGACAGCGACGAAGACAUGGGCGGCGCUGGAAGGGCCUACGACGACGAAGACGAAGACGAAGAAAUGGAGGACCGCGACGUCGACGACUUCGACCUCGGCCCACCCGCACAGCAGAACCAGCAACCGUCCAGCCGCAAGAUGAGCGUCAGCGCUGCUGCUGCUGCCGCCACAAAUAUACCCAUCGAUACCGCCGAGGAUGACGAAGAAGAACAAGAUCCGCUCUACAUACAGAUGAUGCAAGGUCUCGCUGGCGGGGAGAGCAGCGAGGAGAGCGAGGAGGAGUGAUGAUUUACAGGAUUUCGACUUAUUAUAAUUGAUACCAUGGCUCUCGAUUUUUGUCAGAUUGAGCAUUUUAAAGGGC